GGACACCUUGUGUGCAGCCGCAGCCGGUAGCCGCCGCCGCCGGUAGCCCUCCCCGCCGCUCCACUCGCGCCGUCUCCCCGCCGCUCCACUCGCGCAAUGCUCGUGGCCGCGCCGCUGGUUUAACUUUGGGGGAAGCUCUGAUCCGGCGGCCUCCGGACCAAAUCGGCCGCAUCCAGCCGCCCAGUUCGACCCUCUUCCCGAUCCCCCCACUCGCGCUGGCCAGGCCGAGGAGGCAACGGAGGAGGAGGAAGGUGGCCCUCUUCCCGAUCUCCUGAAGUUUUGUUGCUGUGCACGGAUCAAGCUCGCUCACGUUCUGUUGUUGAUCCAACGCCCAGGUGCACACAAGGAAAUAUGAUGACUUCGGGGUCAAGAUCUGAUGCAUUCAAUGAGUCCCAUGUAUCUAACCAUGAACGAAGAUUGAAUGAGCUGAAUUAUAGAGUCAGAGAAGUUAAUCUACCACAAAUGGAAUGCAUCAAUGUUAUCAAACAAAUUAAAACAGAAGCUUCAAAUAGGGAUAAAUUAAAACACUUCACUAUGAAUUCUAGAGCCGAAGAACAUGAUGACUUAAGGAACCAUGAGGGAAGUGGUGAUGAAACUGAAUCAGAAGAUGGAGAAGAUGACACUGAACAUGGUGAUGAAACUGAAUCAGAAGAUGGAGAAGAAGAUGAACAUGAACAAGAAGAGGAAGUUAGACAAGAACAUCAGCAAACUCACGAAAUUGUAGAGAAGACUAGAAGAGGACCUACUCACAUGAGGCGCUUCUGGAAAGAACAUGAUGUUGAUAACAAAAUUAAUUUGAAGUUCAACAGAUUUGGUCAGCCAUGUGGUUUGAAGACAUGCAAGCUGUCAAAUUUUAUUGGAACCCUAGUGAAAGGAAAAGAAAUAUCCUUAGCUGCUCAAAACUGGAGCAAAGUACCAAAGUUAGAGAAAGAAAAGUUGUGGGAUUCUGUUCAGGCUUUUUUCAACAUUGACGAGUCAUACAAAAGAUGGGUGUUGAGAUCAGCAAGUAAAAAAUGGAAAGACUUCAAGGUUGUUUUAAAGAGGAAAUACUACAAAGCUGAUUUGUCACGGGCACGCAAUAUUCUUAAUGGUUGCGAUAAUAGAAUCCCAAUUGGACACUGGGAGUGGCUAGUAAAACACUGGAGAACAGACAAAGCUAAGGAAAAAUCUGAGAGAAACAAGGCCACUCGGGCAUCGCAACUCGAGGGAUGCAACGGGACCCACACCGCUGGAUCACGAAGUUUUGCAGUUGUCCUUGAUCAAAUGGAGAUGGUAGAGGGUAGGGAAAUUGGGCGUGCCGAGCUUUACGUGGUUACACAUACGAAAAACGAUGGAUAUCCAGUCAACCAACAAAGUGGAGUAAAAAUGGAUGACAUUAAAAAAAGGAUUCGGGCAGAUCCUUCUUUGAUUGGUGAGGAGGCUCGUGAUGGUGAUCUUUAUUCAUCAAUUUUCCCAAAAGAAAAGAAAGGAAGGCCAAGUGGCCUUGGUCUAUUAGUAGGCGGAGUGGCUUCGGAGCGCCUUGCUCAAGUUGAAGCUGAACUACAUGCUGCUAAACAAGAGAACGUGGAGCUUCGGCAUGUGGUGCAUACUCUGGUAGCAAAUCAAACUUCAAUAAUGGCCAAGAGUGAGAGAAUGGAAGAACAGUACAACGAGCUAAAGAGUUUGAUCAUAGCUUCUAGGGGGUCUGUUGAAAUGGGAGGAAUUCCAGAAAAGGAGCUUCCAAAUAAAGAUCCUUCUAAGGACUUGGAAACCAUGAAUGAUGAAGAACAUGCAACUUCACUUUCAUAUGCUACCAAGGCAUCCGAGGCAAUGGCUGCUCCAAAGCAUCUGGAUAAGGUGAAUGCAAACAAACUGGAAUCAAAGAAGACAAAAUCAACACUACCAAGUCUUGUGCAUGUGCCGAAACUAAUGAAGACAAAGAAAACUCAACAUAAGAAACCAGUAAUAUUUCAAACACCGAUCCAAAAGGGGCCAAAGGAUGGAUUAGAAGAUAUCAUAAAGUGUGGCAAGGAAGUUAGUUUGACGUCACCAAAUAGUACAAGUGUGGUGGCAAUGGGAACCAUUCAGAAAACUGAUAGAAAAGCUAAAGCUACUGAUGGCCAACCACUAGCUGAUUGUGUUGAAGUUCUUGUCAACAUCGUGCUCAAAUAAACAACUGAG